AACUCUUGACUGGAUUCUGUUAUUUGAAGACUACACACUGCUUUGAAAAACACUGAGAUGAAUGAAGAGCAUUUGAAUUGAGUGAAUGGCCAUUUAAAAUAUCAUGCUCAACCUUAUUUUGAAAGGUUGUAAGUUCUAUAAUUGUGGGGAAUCUGACAGAUCGAUAACACUUCCUGAUUGAUAGGCAAAUGAAGGGAUGAUAGAUAUUGAAAAACUGGAGGGACGGCGGGCCAUGCUUGCUGCGUACUGGCCUGAUGCUGCAGAUAUCUUCUUUUUCUGUCCGUUCUGUGGGGAAGUAGAGUGAAUGUGGUGUUUUUUAGUGGUGGGAGUAUAAAAUGCAACACAGCAGCUUUCAUGGGGCUACUAGUUACCGUUUGGCCAUGGCACUUUCACACAGCUUGUUUUCUCCCAAAAGGUUGUAUGCCUGCUCUCACCUAUUUUUGUGGGGAAUUCCUGGCUUUAAAGGGGCUGUUGAAACCAAAAACACACACAAUUCCUUAUAUGUUCCUGUACUUAAUGAGGCUUUGAUUUCGUUUAUGUCUAUUCUUGUUUCAACUCUAGAUUCCCAGAAGCACACACCUGAGAGAUACAUAACUAUAGGUGUGUUUCUGUUCAGCUGUAAGCGGCUGUCAAGAAGGAAUGUGCUGAUGGGUGGUGUGAUAUCGAAGAUAGUUGUUGCUUUUGAAGGGCCACCCUCACAGUAUCAGCUCAUCCUCUGCUCAGGACUCCAGCUGGCUCCAGGAGCUCCCGACGGUCGAUUCCAGUGCUGUCUCUGGACUCCCUCACACAUCAGAAUGUUUUUCUUCCUGAUCUUCGCUGUGCUCUGCACCAGCUCUGUGGCAGCACCUGCCAUGGUGCCCAACUCCUACUCUGUUGCUGUUGGAGGUGGUAGUGGCACGUCCUUCUCCACAGAGGGAAUGGGAAGGAUCACAGCGAUCAGGGUUUGGGAGAUUCCCAACGCUUACAUCACUGGGAUCCAGCUGCGCUACGAAUACAUUUGGUCUGCAAGGGUUGGUCGUGUAUAUCACAAAGCACAUGAGCUGAUUCUCUUUGACAAUGAGGUCAUUGUUCAGGUCUCUGGCAAAUUCCACCCCUCCAACUACAUCUAUCAGGUGAUCUUUGUGACCUCCAGAGGGCGCUCUCUGGUCGUUGGACAGCCACAACAGAGAUCCUUUAACAUGUACGCAAACCACGUGGACGCAGAGCUCAGACUGCUGAGUGGCCGCUACAAUGGCAACGGGAUAACCUCACUGGCGGCUCACUGGGGGGCGGUCUACAUGAAUCAAGGCAACAGCAGCAGCACGGAAUGAAGGACUGAUAUGAUGUUUUCUAGUUAGUGCAACAUGUGCACUGGAGCAUUUUAUACCAAUUGUUGGAUUUAUUGGUAAUGAUAUGAUAAACAAUAAUAAUGAAAGAUAAGCUCAGUUUGGGACCUUGGAUGAUGCAGUUAAACACAGGAUCAACUCAACAUGCACAUGUCAUAGCCAAUACUUUUCAUGUAUCAAAUGAAGGAGCUUUAAUUAGAGCAUUUUGCACAUCUGAUUGAAGCAUUGAAGGAAACAAAGCGGUAGACCCUAUUCACACAGCAGCAGAGAAUACAAAGGGUUUUUUUUUUUUUGGUUAUUUUCAAUAUGCUGGAAAUUGUGCAGUUCUGUAGAAAUCUGUCAGAUUUCACUUAUUGUCCUCACAGUCCACAAAAGUUUAUUUAAAGUUUGUUUGUGAAUUUCUUCCUCUACUUUGUCUCUGUUUUGUUGCUAUUUUUAUACAUACUUAAGGCCAUGUCCGAGCUUUUGCUGCCAGGAAGUGUGAGUUUGAACAUUGUUGUUUGAUCAGGAUGGUGAUUCCAGUAGAACCAGUUGGAACAAUUUUGUGGAGUUUCCCUUUCAGGUCAUUUCCUGGUUUUU